CAAAACACUUCCUUCGUGCUUAUGACUUCCACAGAUUCCGCCGUACGCCCAUUGCCGCAGCCUACUCUGUCAUUCUCCUGCAGCUCUGGUGAAACAAACUUUGCGGUGUGAUGUAAAAUGCAUCACUACGGGUGCACCAGCGUGGGAAGGUGACCAGACGACAGAUUGAAAAACUAUAUCCUCUGAGAUACCCAGAGAGUUAUCUCCUUGGCUUUGAAUGUAAAACUCCCACACUGCAGGUUUAAUAAAUCUCCUGCGCGUAUACAAAAUGCAUGAAGUAAUAAUUUUUUCUACACUCCGGGGUAGUUAUCUGUGACACACAUCAAUGCUUGAGCCCGAUGCUGCAACCAAGAGCCCAGACUAAAAAUGCAAAUAGCAUGUGGGUUUGUUUGAAGCCACAUGCAGUGAAUCCACAGAUUGUUUUUUUUUUUUACUAUUGUUUUUGUGAGCACUUUCAGGCUGCAUCAACCAUCCAGUUCAUGAACUUUUUUCCUAAUGUGACACACAUUUACUGCAGCAUUUGAAUAACCUGAUCUAACUUCUCCAACAUGUCGUGUAAGUGAGAGUGGUUGUAUCCCUCCGACACCUGGCUCGCUUUCAUAGUGAAGCUGAUUCAUAGCUGUUGCGGUUUAUAUUUCAUCAUCAUCAGUCGUCAGAUGAAAACAUUGUGGAGGAGCUCCAGUCAUUCUGUUCUCUCACAGUUACGCUCCAUCCAUUAUCUCAAAUCCCGUUAACGUUCACCCGUCACUGUAAAAGGCCCCUGGGAACCGCUCUGUUAUCCCUCCCAUCUUACUCUAUCCUGUUGAUGUUUUUCUUCGCGUUCUCGCUCUGAUCCGCCUGUUGUUUCAGCUCUCUCGCUCUCUCCGUCGUUUGCUUCUCUGAGGAUUUGUGUUACACGUGUAGAUCUCGGAGGCUGGAUGUGAGGCUGAAUGGCAAGAGAACAGAAAAGUGGGAGGAGGAGAUGGAAAGUGGGGAAAGAUGAUACACUGUCGAGUGAAAAAGACAAAAGAGGGGAAGCCAGAGACUUUUAGAGAUUUAUCCCACGAUUGUUUUUUUUAUCUCAUUGUUUUGGUUCGAGGAGUCCUCAAAUUCCACUCUCAUCAGCUUGCUUCCCACGGCAGCCACCAGCUGCCUGCAGCGAGAUAAUCACUGAUAAAGCCGCUGUGUGCUACCUCCCCAGUGCCAAACAACAGACAGACACAAUUAGACACUGGCUGGUGAACACAGUGGAGCGUCUGAAGAGUUGGAUAUUCCUCUCAGGAGCCGGUGAAAACUGAAUAGAAGACAGAGAUGCGUUGACAGCCAUGUUGGCGGUGUGUGCGAGGCUGCUUUUGCUCCUCCCCUUGGUUUGCUGCGUCCCCUCGCCCUCCAGACCUCCUUCCAGACUCUGCAGGCGGUGCUGCGACCACUCGGAGCCGCCGGCGGCCACAGCCCAGUAUCAGAUGCCCGAGGUCCGCACCGUCAUCAACAUGACCAUCCUCAAAGGUGAUAAAGGAGACAGAGGUGAUAAGGGGACACCUGGCAAACCCGGCAUAGAGGGCCCCCCCGGUGCCAGAGGCCCCGUAGGCCAUAAAGGCAGCAAAGGCCAGGCGGGCGCCCCCGGAGACGCCUGCAAGAUCCCCCACUCUUCCUUCUCCGUGGGACGCCGCAAGUCCCUGCACAGCGUGGACUACUACCAGGCGCUGGUGUUCGACACGGUGUUCGUCAACCUGCACGAGCACUUCAACAUGUUCAAGGGCAAGUUCUACUGCUACGUGCCGGGGACCUACUUCUUCAACAUCAACAUCCACACCUGGAACUUUAAGGAGACGUACCUCCACCUGAUGCACAACGACAAGGAGCAGGUGAUCCUGUACGCUCAGCCCAGCGAGAGGUCCAUCAUGCAGAGCCAGAGCGUCAUGCUGAACCUGGCGCUGAACGACGAGGUGUGGGUGCGACUUUACAAAAGGGAGCGGGAGAACGCCGUUUACAGUGACGACGUGGAUGUUUACAUCACCUUCAACGGAUACCUCGUGGCACCUAGCAUCCAGUGAAAACAGGGCGGGUGGAAUAACGAGGAGUGGCAGAAAAACUCCGGGUCGGAUUUAUUUGGUCUUGUUGCCAUGGAUACUGCUUUUUUUUUGUGACAAGAAAGGAGAACUAAACAGAGGACGUUCACAAGUUUGGUGCUUUUUUAUUAAAUAUUCCUUUCAGCCUGGAGAGGAACAUACUGUGCUUUCUGAAAUGAGGACUCGCCAAAAGAUAUUGGAAUCAAAAGGAAAAAAUAAAGAGAAAAAGGGUAGCAGAGCGCACAAUUAGGAAGGAAUGUUGACUUACUUCCUUUUUGAACUAGAAAUACACUUUUGGUACAAAGUAAAUCAUUUUUUCCUACUUGUGUGCGUUGCUACUUUACCUCCUUGGUUCACUCUUUUCAGGGACUUUGUGUAUCAACACAAGUUGUAUCAGGAGUCAUAAAUCUGUGCAAUCAGCUUUUGAAUUUGUGCCAUGGUGCUUCUUAACAAGAAUGGAGAGUUUGUCUGAUUAAAUGUGUUCGGCAACUGAUGUCAUACCUUUUUUAUUUUUUUGACACAUUUUUCCUUUGUGCCUUUCAGAAGUACACUGAGCCUCAAAGGGUUAGUUCUCCCAAAUUGCUGAUGUCUUGCCAUAGAAUUGGCGUAUAAACCUGCUACUCAGCUCUGAGGAGCUGGAACUCCAAGUUAUAUUCAGCCUAAUCAGGUUGGGAAGGGUCUUUCACUCACUGUGGUCCCCCUUCUGUUGCCCAGUUGGCUGCAGAAUCGUUUAUUGUCAGUAUCUUUGGAAUUUGAAAAACAAAUGUAAAUCACUAGAAACUAAGAUUUUAUAUUUCAACCAUGGCCGCUUGUCAGUUAUUGACCAUCUGGUGUAUCUGCCUUGACUUUGGGCCUCAGAUUAGGUGUCUUGUGUUCUGAAAAACUAAUUGUAUAUGUUGAGUUCAGGGAGGUUUUUCAUGGGUUCAUUUCAUGGUCAACAUUCGCCCUUGUGAUCGAAAUGGUGCCAGUAAGAAAUGUUCAGUGUGAGUGAAGUCUCUAAAAACCUGUUUUCAGGGUCCAAUCUGUAGAAUUUACUAGGAUCAGUUGGCAAAAAUGGGAUAUAUUAUUCAUAACUAUAGUUCCGUUAGUGAAUCAUCAGCUGACACUAAGAAUCAUUGUGCUUUUGUUACCUUAGAAAAGGCCACAGAGGGAGCAGGUCCUCUUCCGUCACGUUGCACCAACAUAUUUCUACAGGAGCCCAGAAUGGACAAACCAAACACUGAGAUGGCCUUUUGCAUUUUAAGUGUCCACUGUAAUGGAGAGUGAGGUGAAGGAGACUGAAAAUCCUUUACAGUUGACCAAAGUUAGGUGCAUGUCUAAUGUUAAGAGGCAAAAUCUUCCUUUUUUUAUUGCAAUUUUGGUGAACUGACCCUUUAAACACAAGUGUAUCCCAACAUAUCAAAAACAGAAACUAAAGGUGCUUCUUUACUAAAUGCAGGAAUUCAUUGGGGUUUGGAUGAUUUCAAUAUAAAUAUUCUUACUGAGGCUUUGAACUGCAGAGCAGUUCAUGUAAAUAGUUGUAUUAUAGCUUCUCUGCAGCCUCUGUCUGUGCUGCCACUCGUGCUGCUGAGGCUUCAUUGUGUGUUUUUUGUAAACAAAAUUUCUUCCCUCACGAACAAAGUCUCUUUGUUUUGUAUCUCUUGGCAACAAAAAGACACUUGAUCAUGAAUAAUUAAACGUUUUUUCAGAAUCUCA